AUGCAUACGUGUAUAAAAUCAUUGGAUUCGAGGAAUGUAUUCUAUAUGGCCUUAGAUUCAAAGGGUCAGUGGAUAUUAAGGAAGGAUCCAAAAUGCUAUUCUUGUGUGAAUGUGAUUCAAAUAUUUCCGCCCGUAUUGAGCCUUGUCUUCCAUCGUAAAGAGGAAACUCUGGAGCUUAUAAUAUAUUCUGGAGAAUUUCUGUGGCGCAGAGAUGACGAUGACUCAGGUGUAACAUGCUACACAGACGCCGACAGUGCUUUGCUGUCAAAUGUUAAAAUUAAAGAUUUGGUGUGGAGCGAUAAGAUAAAGGCGACAGACAUCAUUGGGCUGAACAACAACUUCAAUCGCGAAUACAUCAGCAAGAGCAUCUACGAGCUGAAGCUCGGAAAAGACACGCCGGGGAGGUAUUGGUGCGAGGGACUUUCGCUGCCCAACUACGAAGUGGUGAAAUCAGCUCCUGUUAUCGCCUAUGAAGAGGACGAUGGAACGGCUUUUGCCUUCAGAACUAUCACAGAGUGCAACAAGUGCAAAGGUGGAUUCACGAAGAAGAAACUCAAGGAAUUGGCUAAAGAUUUCCGGAAGCUGCUGAAGAAGUACGAUUACAAGGAACGCAUAGAUGAAGUGAAGAUAAUGAGGAUUGAAGAAUUACCUCAGAAUUCAUCUAAACUCGAGAUGAUUUUUCACGUCUUUGUCGAGGAAGAAGAUGUUUCAAGAGAUAAAUGUCCGAAGAACAUUUCCCGUGAGAUUUGUACUCUUCACCAGCUUUACAAUGACAUGGAGAGGAUCGCAAAUAGAUCUUCUGGAAGAGAUCAUUUUUACAACAUCACAGUGCGGCACACGGAGUUUUGCUUGCCUUAUAAAGUCGCAGAAUCAGAUGAGAUUCAGUGGAUGAGCGCGACAAUAGGAGAGAGAUCUGUUCUUCAGCAGCUGUGCUUAACGACCAAUCUUUUGCCGGUUUACAGGUUCUGUAAAGGAGACUUUGUCAUUGGCGCAAAGUGGGAUCAACACAACAUUCCAGUCUGCAAGGAAGACGACAUACCAGAAACCACACAAAAGCUCUUUGAUCUGGACAACUCUGAGAAAGCUCCUGUGGAGCUGAUCGAUCGCAUGAAGGUGAUCUGCACUUCUGUGGACUCUUCGGAAUUCAUCCCGGCGGAUUUGUAUCUGAUGAGCUCCUUAACACGCACGAUCGCCAAAUCGAACGACAGCGACAUUGGAUUUGAUGAAAUUGAGAAGAUGGUUACGAUCUUCAGUCACACAAUGGAGGUGAAUGAAACCAUCGCCAAGGCUAGUCAGCUUCUCAAUUCUACAAACACUCUUCUGGACAUGAACGAGAGGAUCGUGAGCGGAGUGUUAAUAAAUGCCAGCAUCUCCAAUAAGACAAUCUCAGGACAAGAGGUCAACCGAUUGAUGGGAGUGAUCAAGGUGGAAGCCAAGAACAUCAUUACGUAUGUGAUUGAUCCUUCUGUGGCGAAUAUAUCCGGAAUCGCACUUUACCGAUCAGAUGGAAACUCUUCAGACGAUUUAUCGGAUUUCACAGUGGAGUAUUUGUACAAAAAUCAAUCCACUUUAGAUCUGAUUGAAAACCGAGAAGAUCUCGAAGUGGCCACUUUCAUCCCAGAGGAUUUGCUGAGGAGAAUCAAUGAGAUCAAUCAAACAAUUGCGAUCAAUGCCACACAACAACCAAAACCACCACUGAGAAUCGUAAUCAACGUUAUCGCCAAUGAUCGGUUCUUCCAGGUGAAUCACAAUGUGUCCUUCUUCAGGGUCAAUGGACGCAUUGUGACUGUUAAAAUACCUGGAUAUGGUCCCAAUCUUCCCACAUUCCUGCCCAUCAUCUUCCACGCAAACCAGAAGAUCGUCAACGAAUCUCAGGCUUGCGGCUUUUGGGAUUUUACACCAGAAGACAGGAAGAUUUUCAGUGAGUGGGCAACAACAGGAUGUGAAUUCUUGUCACAAUCUUCAUCAAUUGAUCCACCGAUUGUCCUCUGUGGAUGCUCUCACAUCACCAACUUUGCCUUUCUCGUGACUGGCGUCUUCAAGCACGAUCUUCCGCCAGAAGAGAUGAUCAUCCAGGAGAUUCACAUGAUCGCACUGGACAUAAUAACUGUUCUGGGAUGCUCACUAUCGCUAGCUGGUGUUGUGGGAAUCUGGAUCACAGCGAUAUUCUUCAAAACUUGGCGCGAGAAAGCGGGUUCUAAAGUGCUUCUGCAGCUGUCAGUCGCGAUCGCCAUACAAAUGCUACUCUUCCUCUUCAUAAAUGCCGAGUAUCUAGUCAAGGGUGUGAACAAGACAGAGAUGAGGAUCAUUUGCAUCACUCUUGGGGCGCUUCUUCAGUAUUCUGUGCUUGUGGUGUUCUCCUGGAUGCUCAUCACAGCCUACCUUCAGUAUCUGCGAUACGUGGUGGUCUUCGGCAAUCCCCGACCGCCUCAUUUCACCCUCAAAUCAAUAAUUGUGGGCUGGAUUUUGCCCAUACUUCCCGUGAUCCUCGUUCUGGGACUCGACAUUGAUUCCUACUUGCCGCCAAAUUUCUUUGACGAGGGAAAUUUGCAAGGGACUUCAUGCUACCCUCAGGGAAACUCUCUGUACUUUGGAGUUCUGCUGCCCGUGGGGUUGAUCUUCAUCGCCAAUUUUGCCAUUUUCAUUGCCGUGAUUUACAGUAUCACGCGAAAAAUGGAUCAGAGCUCGAAGAAGAACGACAAGGAGAUUCAAAUGGCGCAGAUUCGAUUGUCUGUCUUGCUAUUCUUCCUGCUGGGAAUGUCCUGGAUCUUCGGCUUUCUGGUGUACACUCAAAAGGGCGGAAACCUAAUCUUCAACUAUCUCUUCUGUGUGACAGCCACUCUUCAGGGAUUUGUGCUUUUUGCCUACUUCGUUAUAAUGGAUCCAGCCACGAGAAAGCUCUGGGAGCAAUUUUUCAUCUCACUGGCAUGCAGAAAGUCCAACAAAUGCACCUAAAACUACACUUUAUACACCCUUAUCUCUAUGUAUAUAUAAUAAAUAU